CAUAAUAAUAAACAUCUGUAAAAAAAAAAAAAAAUACAAGACACACAUUCUUUACAACUAUAAAAUGUCGCAACGCAGAGCAGCACCAACAGUGAGAGGAACAGGAAUAGAACAACAAGUACGUACAACAACAACAACAUCCUCAACAAUAGCUCAUAAUGCAUCAAUACGAAAUCCUCGAAAUGAACAUGGGACAGUGGAAUCCCAAUUGAGAGGACCAGGACAAUUGACUCGAGGACCAACCAUGACUUCUUCUACUUUUCCUUUCUCCUUGCCUCCGAUGCAUCUUCCCUUUCCUCGGAAACAACAGCAGCAACAACUACAGCUCCAACAACAACAACAACAGCAGCAGCAGCAGCAACUACAACAACUCCAAAAAGUAGACGAAGAAAGUUUAAAGAAAGCACGCCAUGAUCAUAAUCAACAACUUUUGACAGAACACUUUGGAUUCACCCCCAUUUCUUUUGUGGACGAUAUCAUCAACUCUGUCAAUAAUAUGAUCUACCAAGCCUCUAUGGCUGUAGAGGAGUUUAUCAAACAUGAAAUGACAGAGAUUAUAGCUCAUAAAGGACCACCUCACGAAGAUUUUGAUGUCGAAAUCGAGACUGCCAAGUGCAUGCACAAGUUUGAAACACUACUAGAAGCUUCAGUGGACAAGAAUUUUGACCGAUUCGAACUCUAUGCACUUAAUAACAUUUUUGCUAUACCUGAGAACGUAGAUAUUGUUCUACCACAUUAUGAAGCACUAGAUUUUGGAAUAACAGCCGAACGGGAACUACAACUGGAUAGAGAACUUGAGAUCUUGCGCCAAAAAAUUAUUGCGGCCAAAGCGUUAAACUACAAAUUGAGAAAAAGGCUAGAGAUUGAAGAAAAACAACGGCGGCAAUUACAGGUCUGUAGAGACCAAAUACAGUUUUUGAAAGAUGCCAUAAAUUCAUAUCAAGAUGUAACACCAGUGCCUCAGACGCUCAUAUUUGUUCGUGACAAUAUCGAAACACUUUAUCAACGAUUUAAAUCUCUUCAUGAAAGACUCGAGAGAAAUGCUUCGACUCUGGAUUCUUCUGGAACUGGAAUUGGAACUGGAACUGGAGCUGGAGUUACAUCAUCACCAUCAUCUCAUAAACCUAAGACCUCUGUUACUUCAGCACUCUACGAAACGUUGUUAAAUAUGGAACCAGAUGCAAGAGCCAUUUACAUUCAAUCAGUCGUUCGGCGUCAAAUUGAUAAAGUUGCGCCUGAUUUGCUUAAUAGCAAUAGCCAUCUUCAUUAAACUCAAUAGGAAUACAGGAUAUUCAUAUCAUCCUCUUUAGCAUGAAUGUUAACCUUUCUU